GGAGACGGCACACUCACGGGCACACCUCGCUGCUGAAGCCGCAGAAAGAGAGAGACGAGGGGAAGAGAGAGAGAGAAGAGAGAGAGACGAGGGGAUGCUGCUGCUGCUGCUGCUGCUGAUCCGUCCGAGCGCAGGGAUUCUUCACCCACUAACCGGGAAUUAAUCAGGACUAUUUCUGCUGCAAACACGGGGACGUUUUUAUUCUUCUUCUUCUUUUUUCAUUUGCUGGGAAAAGCUUCCAGUUUUCUCCUCCUCUUAUUUUCUUCGCAUCCCUCCCUCCCUCCUCCAUCCUCCUCCUCCUCCUCCUCUUCUUCCUCUUCUUUUAAAGAGGCCCGAGCGCGCAGCGGGGUGUCUUCCAUCGCUUUUCUUGGGUUUUUUAUUGUUGUUGUUGUUUGGGUUUAAUUUUUCUGCCCCCCCAGUUUUUACGCGCCUGAACCGAGAGCGCACAGAAGCACGAGGCUCCGACCCCCCGGAGGGAGCUGUCCGGUGCUGAAGUUGCAUUUCUUCCCUCCUCUUCCGUGCGCAAAAAGGACUUAAAAAAAAAAAAAAGAAAGAAAGAAGCGGGUAGACGGAGGACACCCAGAGAAGCGGAGAAGAGGAAUCAAACCACAGCUUCAUCCAAAAACCUGAAGACAAUCCUCUUCCUCCUCCGGUCCGUCCGUCUGUCUGCUCGGUGUGUCACGGCCGGAUCAGCACGCUGGCCAGGCCGUCGGCGAUCGGCUGAGUGUGUGUCGCUGUGUUUGUGCGAGUGUGUGUGUGUGUGUGUGUGUGUGUGUGUGUGUGUGUGUGUUUGUGCGAGUGUGUGUGUGUGUGUGUCGUCGUGUCACCACCAUGCCAAGGUCUUUCCUGGUGAAAAAGGUGAAACUGGAUGAUUUCUCCACCGGGGCGGAUUUGGAGAACGCCUACCGGCACCGGACAGACCUGAGCCUGCGGCUGCAUGACAAAGCUGGUUACAUCAGUGACUACAUCAGCCCGGUGGUGUACGACGGUGAGAGUGACAGCGGCAUCAAGGUCCCGUCUCCCGAUCCCCUCUACGAUGGCAUCCACAGCGACUACGGGGCUCCGGACUCGGAGUCUCCCGACAGCCCCGGCUCCGAGAUCACCGACGGCUACAUCAACGGAGACGCCGCCGUGAGCGAGGGAUACACGGUGGACGCCUUCUUCAUCACCGACGGCCGCUCGAGGAGGAAAGCCCUGAGCAGCCCGCGCAGCAUCCAGAGGCACACCUGCAACGAGUGCGGCAAAACCUACGCCACGUCUUCCAACCUGAGCCGGCACAAACAGACACACCGCUCGCUGGACAGCAAGCUGGCAAAGAAGUGCCCGACCUGCGGGAAGGUGUACGUGUCCAUGCCCGCCAUGGCCAUGCACCUGCUCACGCACGACCUCAAGCACAAGUGUGACGUGUGCGGGAAGGCGUUCAGCCGGCCGUGGCUCUUACAGGGCCACAUGCGCUCCCACACGGGCGAGAAGCCGUUCGGUUGCGCCCACUGCGGGAAGGCCUUCGCCGACCGCUCGAACCUGCGCGCUCACAUGCAGACCCACUCGGCCUUCAAGCACUUCAAGUGCAAACGCUGCAACAAGACCUUCGCGCUCAAGAGUUACCUGAACAAGCACUACGAGUCCGCCUGCUUCAAAGGCCCCUUCUCCCCCCUCGGCCCUCUAGAUGCAUGACCCCGCUGCAUAGACGAAAACAGAACUGCAGACGCGAACUACCCUUAAAGACUGAACUGCAGACACGAACGGUAUAUUUUUUUGGUCAGAAAAUGACCUCGCUUACCCUCCUCACCCCUUCCUCACUCCCUCCUCCCCCCUUUCCUCCCUUGGAGUCUACACCCCCGAUGAUGAUAAUGAUGAAGAUAGCACAAUUUUUUCUCCUUGAGAUUUGCCCACUUAAGGAUUUAACUGAAUCGACGCAUGCACUUCCUCAAAAACACUCCUCACCUCCUGUUCCUCUGUCACUUCGGGACAGAGACACUAACAUGGCUUCCUCCUGGCAUCUAGACACAGUUCGACUCCGUAUAUUUCGGGACAGUGAUGAUGAUGAGGAUGAUGACAAAGACAAUAGUGAGCCUCUAGCUACUAGUUUCCUCCCUGCACUGAAGCGCAGUGAAAAUGUUUUUUUCAUUCUAAUUUUGUUUCUUUCGGGGGAAUAAUAGUAAUAAUAAUAGUAAUAAUAAUGAUAAUAAUAAUAAUAAUGCUCUGCUGCACCAAGUGACCAUAUUCUCUCCACUACUGAGGUAAAAAUACUAUUUAUUUAUUUAUUUAUGUACUUAUUUAUUUUAAGCAUUUUUUUCCUUUCUUUUUUAAUUUAUUGUACGUUUGUACUUGGUUUGAUAACGACGAAGUGAUACGGUUUAUUUGUUGCACUUUAAUUUCUGUAUAUGUAUGUAGGAUAUUUGCCAACCUCUUUUUACCACUACAGGCCAAAGCAUAUGUCACUUUUUUGAGUACUAUUUUUUCUUAUUAUGUUGUUUACCUUUUUUUUCCUUAUUAUUGCAUGCAAAAAAAAUAACGAAAAACCUAUGCCAACAUCAUAAAAAGCUUAUGAUUUUUUGCCAAAAUCCUAUAGAUAGAACCCGAGGGCAAUAUUUUUCUCUUGGAGCCUCCAUAGGACUCUUUAAAAAGCAAUAAUCACCUAAUGCAUGGUAUUUUAUGAUGAAGUUAUGAAGUAUUACCUACUACUGUAUAGCAGUUUAAAAAUCAGGUAUGUUGUACUUCACCUAUAGUCAUAAACAGAAGAAUACUAAUAUUACAGACAUCAGGGAACAUGCCAAUGUAGUGUUAUAGAGUAACGAAAAGAAAAGUCCUGUCUUUCCUCUCUUGUUAUGCACUGCCUGCCUCUUAGUGAGUAGAACUAAAGUAGGAUGUAGGCUAGAGAGGCUGGGAUCAGCUGCCUGCUGGGUGUGAGGCCUAUUGGAGGAUAAACACUGUACGAGGCUGACGGACCUGCGAUAAAAAAGCUGCUAACAACAACCAGGAGAGGCCUCACUUUGGAUCAAGCCUCUCAGACUGGAUAAUUAGGUAAUUCAUCCAGACUCUGGGGUUUAUUGAAGGUUGUGAGAUGUGAAAAGAUACCUUGAGUCAUGCAGACAAGUACAGUGAGAACAGGCGCUUUUCCACUGCAGGAACUUGCGAGUUGUUUCAGGCCUAUUUUGACCUUUGAACACGUUUUGACAGCAGGAACUGCCCCUGUAGAACCAAUUUUUGGGCCAUUUUUAUUGGCAAAAAGAUACCUACUGCAAAGUCUGUACUUCUAAGUGUCCCUGAAACAGUCCUGAUGCUAAUUUGUUAACAUCAGAAAGGACAACAACAAUAUGCACCAUUUCUUCUACCCUCCCAAUGUCCUAAUCCAGAUUUUUCCACUUACAAAACAAUGUAAAUUGGCCAAACAGAUAACCAUAACAAACCUCCAAUGUUCCUACAGCCCAAGGAACUGGAGUUCAGUAAUUACUAUUCAUCUCGGUGCAUUUGGAAUCCACAUAGAGUCAAAGUUUUUGGAUUUUCCACUGCAAUAGAAAGAGAAAGCUUGAAAGUGGCACUGGUAUAAACAGUGUGAUACCAGUGCAAGAACCAGGAGAAAAAGUUCCUACUUCAGGGUAGAUACUUCUUACCAGCCUGAAAAGCUACAAUGUAAAUCUUGACAUCCAAUUGUUUAAACUCGGAGAGAAAAAUAUGCACCAUUUUUCUUCCACUUAAAAUAGUCUAACAAAACAAAUCCUCUGUUAUUGUUUCCUAUGUGCUCAUAGAACUGGAGUUACAUCCAGUAGCUCCUAUUUGUAGUUGUUUUGGUGCAUUCAGAGUUAAUGUUGCCAAGCCUAAUAAGGAGGUCAUUUCUGCAAACAUUGGUCCCACCAAUUUGCAUGACCUCACAACAAGAAAAACCACCCUGUAGAACAUCUUCAAGGGCAAUUCCUGCGAUCAAGAAACUGUUUUUGACACUAAUUGGUUAAAACAAAACAUAUGCCAUUUCUUUGCCCUCUGGAUGCCCUCCUCUAGUAGCAGUCUUUUCUACUCCAACAUCAGCAUCAACAAUGUAAAAUCUGCGAUGUAGGCAAACAGAAACCUAUCUUUAUUUCCUACAUAGAACUGGAGUUACAUCCAGUAACUGCUAUCUGCCGUUGUUUUGGUGCAUUCAGAGGUCAUGUUGAAGAUGAAGCUACACGGCAAUGGAAAAAAAGCCUGGCUAUUUCUACAAGCUUUGGUGCCACCAACUGGCAUGAUCCUACCACAAGCAAAACCCUUGUAGAACCCUAUUCAAGGGCAGUUUCUAGCUUCUAGUUUGGGUAGGUAUGAGUGACCCUAAAACCUGGUGUGCAUGUUUUGAUACUGAUUGGUUAAAACAACAACAUGCACCAUUUUUUUGCCCUCUGGAUGCCCUCUUCCAGUAGCAGUCUUUUCCACUCCAACAUCAGCAUCAACAACGUAAAAUCCUCCAUUUAUUCAAACAAAAUGAAACCAUCAUUAUUCUAUUUCCUACACAGAGCUUGUGUUACAUCCAGUAACUGCUAUCUGUCGUUGUUUUGGUGGAGAGAUUGUGUUGUAGAUGAAGCUGUUGGAUCUUACAUGGCAAUGGGAACAAAGCCUAAAAAGACCAAUUAAAUGGCCAUUUCUGCAAGCACUGGUGGCACCAACUUAAAUGAUCCCAUGACAAGAAAAUCCCCUGUAGAACCCUAUUCAAGGGUAGUUUCUAGGCUCUAGAUUGGGCAGUUCUGAGAGACCCUGAAAAACUGCUGUGUGGGUCUUGAUGCUGAUUGUUUAAAACAAGAUGCACCAUUUUUUCUGCCCUCUUGAUGCCCUUGUUGAGUUUUCUAAUUUCCAACAUCAACGCAGGCAAAAUUAGCAAACAUCCAUUGCUCUAUUUCCUCCAUUCCUAAUAAUAAUCCUCCAAUAUCCCGACCUCACGCCUGCUCCAAGUUCCUGCAGUACAAAGCCGCCUAGUAACAACCUUUUAAUAACCCUAAGAGAGCUACCUUAUCUUUGUCCCAAUGGAAAAAAGGUUGAACAGCAACCAGAUUGGAGACUUUUUGCAAUAGCAUGUGCACCGACACACAAUGUGAUGUUUAGCAACUCUCAAUCUACUUUCAAUAGAAAACCGAGGCAAAGUUUGGCGCAUUGUUGAAGUUGGACUCAGGUCAACUUUAACAGCAAUCCAUUAUUCAGCUCCCCUUCCAGUGCACUUCAAAACCAUAAAGUGUGCAUUCUUAAACCACACAGAAACAGCGUGCACUUUAGCUGGAUGGUCCGACUGCAGCUUAACUCUUCCAGUCCCGCGCUGAUUAUUCUGCAGUAGGCCCGCCUCACCCCCACUGGGCCGACCACAGGCUUUACUCUACGAGAGAUUUACCUACAGACAGGCGUACUCGAAUCAACCCUGACCCCGUAGAUGAUUUAACCGUUAAUCUAGGUGGUCAAUACCAGUGUUGCUGAACCCAGUUCUCUGCAGCUCAGAAACCUUUUCCACAGACUCAUGGAGCUUCCCAGGAGACAGACUGAGGACAUGCAGGUCCACACACAAAGAAGCGCUUGUUUAUGUUCAUCUGCCAUCUGAUACAGUAUCUCCACGUUGUAAUCUUGUAUAUAAACACGCAGUAUGUGCACACGUGCAUGGGUUGCAUGCCCGCACAUGCAAGCACACAGUGCCUGCCGACGAACCGUUUUGGGCCUGAAAAAAAAUUUUUUAAAAGGGAAAAAGGUUUAAUAUUCAGAGGUGCAGGAAGUUUUGAUAAUUGCAGUGCUUCCUCAGGCAUGAGAUUACUCAAUUAGAGAUGGAGUUGACUGAUAUUUAACACCGUUUAGGGUUAUAAGGACAAAAGGACGGCACGGUGAUGUGGACCCAUUACCUGACGCAAUUUACAUCCAAGAGAUAGAAGCUGUGCAGCAUCAAAGGCGGUCACAUCUGAGGGAAUCCGAAAAGUUUGACAAUUUUGCUGCACAAUGAGCCGAUAGAAUCUUUUAUGAAGGAGCUUUUUUUUUUUGAGGAAAUUGUAGCUUAAAAGUCAGUAAGAAGGAAGCAUUUUUUGUGUGUGUUGUGGCAGUGUGUGAGUCAGCAGAUUGAAGGUCUUAUCUUUGUCCUUGAUGUUUGAACUGGAGUCGAGCCGCAAUUACUUGAAUUGUAUCAGAUGAUUAGUCAUAGAGGUUUCCUUUUUGGGUUUGCGUUUUUAACCCUUUGGCCAAAAUACUCACAACAAAGUCGAUAAAGAUUUCCUAAUGCAUCUCUGAGACAUUGAUUCCUUGUCGAAAUAUAGAAAAUAAUCAGGACAAAACCAGAUACUUCUACUGUUAGUGAACAAACUGUUUUCUCUAAUCGCUGUUUACUUAUCGCAAAUUGUACUAAGUAUUGUGGACUAAAACUCUGGUCACAACUUUGCACUGCAGUUUAAAUGUCUUAAGCGUAUCUGACUGAAGCUGUUUCUGGUCUGUUUGGUGGGUGUUAAGGCUGGAAAUGAUCCGUUGUGCGUCUGUUUGUCUGGGUCUGUCUCUUGGUUCGAGCUCCAGGUCUGGUCUCUUUAAGCACUUCCAUUCUAGUCAUCUCCACCUUAAAGAAAGUAGCACAAUGAAACUAACUAGAAUUCAGGUAGAGAAGAAUUAAAAAACCUUGUACUAGCUUGACCUCUCUUCUUUUUUGUAUUUCCAAGUUAAAGAAUGAUGAUAACCUAAAUAAUCAUUUAUUGCAAGAGGGUUUGUAAAGAAUCCUUUGGAUUGAGACAUUUUUACUGCUGUAUAGCGAUAUCUGACACACCUUACCUCAGGAGGUUUGGAUCUCUGCUGCAGAGUGAGGAUCUCCUGGGUUUUUUUUGAGCCAGUAUUCAGACAAUGUAAGCACAAUGAACACAAAGCAUUUUGUGGCACUUCAUAAUAAAGAAUAAUCUUAACCAACCGA